AUGGCGUUGUCCGUGACAGAUCAGGCACAUUGACUUUACUGAGCUGCGCUGUUCUCCUCCUCCUUAUUCUGACCUCUGGUGGGUUUUAUUGGUGAAUGAAGUCAACGGAUAUUUUCAUACCUUGGAAUCUGUUGAUUUGAGUCGCUGAUUAUGUCUCUUCACAGACUGGCCCUCAGGCUGCGACCAACGGUGAAACAUGCCAGGUGCCUUCAUACCAGUGGAUCCAUCCAGCAGCAGGAGGCUGUGGCUGCGGAGCCAGAACCAGAGUCUCUCUCAGUCUUCAGGACACAAGAGAAAGACCCGGCUUGCCACUCAGAGAAACACAUCGGACACUUCUACACGCUGCCUCCUGCGCACGUCCGGCCCCUGUUUCCAAACAGCCUCCCAUGGCGCUAUCAACAACAGACAAAGACGUUCAAUGAGACCUGCAUCAUGGUGCGGCAGCCAGCCCUGGAGGUCAUCUCUUACUUGAAAAAAGCCGACUACAGCCAACCUGCAGUGAGAUACCUGUUCUAUGGAUUGAGGGGGAGUGGAAAAACAAUGUCUCUUUGUCACGCGCUCCAUUACUGUUACGCACAGGGAUGGCUGGUGCUUCACGUCCCUGAUGCCCACCAGUGGGUGAAGAACUGUAAGGAGCUGCUGCCUUCAUCCUAUAGUUCAUCUCGCUUUGACCAGCCGCUGCAGGCCACCACGUGGUUACGCAACUUCAAAGUCACCAAUGAACCUUUUCUUUCAAAGAUUAAAACAAAGGAGCGAUAUAUGUGGACAAAAAGGGAAUCCACCGAGGCGGGGAGUCCACUUGGAGAGCUGGUGGAUCAGGGCAUAUCUCGAGUGAAGAGCAGCAGCGAUGUGGUGGGGGCAGUGAUGAAGGAACUCAGGCUCCAAAGCGGUCAACAGGGAGCUGGCUUCCAUCUGGUGGUGGCGGUGGACGGUGUGAAUGCCCUGUGGGGAAGAUCCACCAUCAAGAAGGAGGACAAGACAGCUGUGGAUCCGGAGGAGCUGACUUUAGUUUAUAAUCUAAGAAAGCUGAUGAGGAAUGACUGGAGCGGAGGCGCCAUCAUUACCACUCUGUCUCAGACGGGCUCUCUCUAUGCUCCAAAAUCUGCCUACUUGCCUCAAGAGCUGCUUGGAGAGAGGGGCUUUGACAGCAUGGAUGCGUUCGUCCCUGUAUCAGUGCCCAACUACAGUGAGAAGGAGUUCGAGAGCUGUUACCUUUACUACAUGGAUCGCAACUGGCUGCAGCAUCCACUCAGUCGAACAGAAGAAGGGAAGAAGGAACUCAUAUUCUUGAGUAACAGGAAUCCAUCUGUGUUGGAAAGACUUUGUGGCUUUUUGUGAAGUCACAGAACCUUUAUUGCAACAGUAUAGAAAUAUACAAGCAAAUAUCCAUGUGUGUAAUGUGAAUCAUGCUAUAAAUUAUAUUACUCUGUUGCUUUGUUAAUAAAACACUGUUAAAAACUGUUUGUU